CCGGAGCGCCAGGGAAGAGGGAAGUCGUGGUGGUCGCGGGGGAGCCGGAAAGAUGGUGGUUACCAGGUCUGCACGGGCUAAGGCCAGCAUCCAAGCCGCGUCGGCUGAAAGUUCCGGGCAAAAGAGUUCUGCUGCUAAUGGGAUUCAAGCGCAUCCGGAAAGUAGUACUGGAUCUGAUGCCCAAACUGCUGAAUCACAGACCACUGGGAAACAAAGUUUAAUCCCUAGAACUCCUAAAGCUAGAAAGAGGAAGAGCAGAACUACAGGCUCACUACCAAAGGGGACCGAACCAUCUACGGAUGGAGAGACCUCUGAGGCAGAGUCAAAUUAUUCUGUGUCUGAGCACCAUGAUACCAUUUUAAGGGUAACUAGGAGAAGGCAGAUCUUAAUUGCAUGCUCCCCAGUGUCCAGUGUUAGGAAAAAGCCGAAAGUAACUCCAACAAAGGAGUCUUACACUGAAGAAAUAGUCUCUGAAGCAGAAUCUCAUGUUUCAGGUAUUUCUAGAAUUGUGCUUCCCACAGAAAAAACGACAGGAGCCAGAAGAAGUAAGGCUAAAUCUCUGACAGAUCCAAGCCAAGAAUCUCAUAUAGAAGCUAUAUCUGAUGCUGAGACAUCAAGCUCAGACAUUUCAUUCUCUGGAAUUGCAAUUAGAAAAACCAGGAGUAUGCAGAGGAAAUUAAAGGCACAAACUGAAAAGAAAGGUAGUAAGAUUGUACCAGGAAAUGAGAAACAGAUCGUGGGUACACCUGUGAAUUCAGAGGAUUCAGAUACCAGACAAACUUCCCAUUUACAAGCAAGAUCUCUUUCUGAGAUAAAUAAGCCAAAUUUCUAUAAUAAUGACUUUGAUGAUGAUUUCUCCCACAGAAGUUCAGAAAAUAUAUUAACAGUGCAAGAACAGGCCAAUGUUGAAUCUCUUAAAGAAACAAAACAGAAUUGUAAGGAUUUGGAUGAAGAUGCCAAUGGAAUAACAGAUGAGGGGAAAGAAAUUAAUGAGAAAAGUUCUCAGCUGAAGAAUCUUUCUGAACUUCAGGACACUAGCCUUCAACAGUUAGUUUCUCAGAGACAUUCAACCCCCCAAAAUAAAAAUGCUGUAUCAGUGCACUCUAAUCUGAACUCUGAGGCUGUAAUGAAAUCAUUAACUCAGACAUUUGCAACUGUGGAAGUAGGCAGAUGGAAUAACAAGAAAAAGAGCCCCAUAAAAGCAAGUGACUUGACAAAGUUUGGUGAUUGUGGUGGUAGUGAUGAUGAAGAAGAGUCCACAGUUAUAAGUGUCAGUGAAGACAUGAACGGUGAAGGGAAUGUAGAUUUUGAAUGUGAUACCAAACUAUACACGUCUGCGCCCAGCACAUCUCAGGGUAAAGAUAAUUCUGUCUUAUUAGUUCUCAGCAGUGAUGAAAGCCAACAGUCUGAAAACAGUGAGAAUGAAGAGGAUACUUUAUGUUUUGUUGAAAAUAGUGGCCAAAGGGAGUCAUUAAGUGGAGACACAGGAAGUCUGUCAUGUGACAAUGCAUUGUUUGUAAUUGACACAACUCCUGGAAUGAGUGCUGAUAAAAAUUUUUACUUGGAAGAGGAAGACAAGGCAAGUGAGGUUGCCAUUGAGGAAGAAAAAGAAGAGGAAGAGGAUGAAAAAAGUGAAGAGUCAUCAGACCACGACAAAAAUGAAGAUGAGUUUAGUGAUGAAGAAGACUUACUAAAUAGCACAAAGGCUAAACUUCUAAAGUUGACAAGCAGCAGCAUAGACCCUGGUCUGAGUAUCAAGCAGUUGGGUGGUUUGUAUAUUAAUUUCAAUGCAGAUAAACUACAGUCUAACAAGAGAACCCUAACACAGAUCAAGGAGAAAAAGAAAAAUGAGCUUCUGCAGAAAGCCGUCAUUACACCUGAUUUUGAGAAAAACCACUGUGUUCCACCAUAUAGUGAAUCAAAGUAUCAACUUCAGAAAAAACGCAGAAAAGAACGACAAAAAACAGCAGGGGAUGGCUGGUUUGGUAUGAAAGCUCCUGAAAUGACAAAUGAACUGAAAAAUGAUCUCAAAGCACUGAAGAUGAGAGCCAGCAUGGACCCGAAAAGAUUUUACAAGAAAAAUGAUAGAGAUGGCUUCCCCAAGUACUUCCAGAUUGGAACCAUUGUUGACAAUCCAGCUGAUUUCUACCAUUCACGAAUUCCCAAGAAGCAAAGGAAAAGAACUAUUGUGGAAGAACUGCUGGCUGAUUCUGAAUUCAGAAGAUACAACCGGAGGAAGUACUCAGAGAUCAUGGCUGAAAAAGCAGCAAAUGCAGCAGGAAAAAAGUUCCGAAAGAAGAAGAAAUUUCGCAAUUAAGAUUUACCAAGCAAACUGCAACAUUUUACAUUGCUCCUUUAUUUACUUACUAAAGACGUUUUGAAAACUAACACCAUCAUCUACAUUAACUUGCCAUAGACUGGCCCUGUUCGUACAGGAAUUUGUAUUUGGAAAAAGUUGAUUUGAGAAUCAAUUACAUGCCCUUAGAAAAUAGGGGUGUCUACAAGGCCCACCCUGGCGUAGACUCUUUAAGGGAAAAAAGGAAAAAGAAUCUCAACCAUUUUAAGAUAACUGAUGGUUUGUAAAGUUUUCAAUGCUUAGUUAUUUAAAGAAAAUUUAAUUAAAAGAUAGGAAGUAUAAAGUUUGCUAACAUGUUCAAAGAACUUUAAAAAAUGAUCAAAGAUAUAUAAACAUUAUUGUAAUUAA